AUGACUCUCCCCUUGACUCUGCUCUCCGCCCUUUUUAGUGGCCUGAAGCCAGUGCUGCACGAGGCGUCAAAGUACCCACGACCGCUAGUGGUGUGCUCAGUCAAUCACCGCAGAGCAUUCGAGGGCGUUCUCGCGCCUGUUGCUCCCUCCAACCCUCCCUCGGCCCUGCACCGGAGAGUCCCUUGUACCAGUACCUGCUGCCCGUAUAUGCACGGGGCUACCUCGUCCUUCCAGCGGCUUGUUGCUCGCUGCUGGAUCAGCGCCAUGGGCCCUACCGCCAGCGCCCUGGCUGCAGCGCUGCGUGCUGGCGCGGGUACCCGCUACCUCGCUGUCCCCGGCCCCUCGACCGCAUCGCCACGCACUGCAGCGCCAGCGUUUGGGCGCCCACCGCCGGGCCCGCGGUACCGCUACUUCAGGCACACCUAA